AUGUCGUCGCGCUAUCCAGAUGAUCCAGACUACCGCCGCGGUGAGCCUCGUCACACCUCCAGAAGAGAACCUCGCGAGCGUGACCACCGGGAACGUCUUGAACCUACAAGAGAAAGGAGAGUACCAGAAGGCCGUAUGGACCGAGAUACCCGUAUGAGUGAUGCCAUGGACACCCGAAUGGAUACCCGUUUGGACACCCGGAUUGAUCCCCGCUUGGACUCCAGGAUGGACGCCCGUAUGGCUGAGCAACGGCCCAAUACAACCUCUCGUAUUGACCCGCGACCUGAUCGUGUUGAUCCCGAGGUCAUCUUGAUGCGUGAUGCGAAUACAGGAGAAAUCUACCGGGAAGUGAGGAACGCGCCCGCAAGAUCCCCCUUUGCACGCGAGGAGCGUGACUACGACGCCCCGUCCAGAAGUCGGGCCACAAUGGAAGUACCUGUCAGCAGGGACCGUGAUUCCAUAAGGCCCGAGUACACCGAGUACUUUUGCCCAGGGGAAGGUAUCGAAAGAGAAGUCAUCCAACAUGAAAUAUGCAAAUAUCUUGGUCAGGACGCCACUUGCCGCCCAGGCCGGAACAAUGAAGUAUGCUGCACCGGUGGAUGCCCAUGGCAAUGGAGCACUCUCUUCGGGAGGAGACUGUCAGAUGGCAGCGCGAACGAGAACGGAGGGCCAGGCAGGGCCGUUCGCAAGGUUCCUAUGCCGACAUGCAAGCCCGACAAGAAAGCCAACGAAGAUAUCCUGGAGAAAUGGAACUUGACGACGAGGACUAUGGACGCCCCCUUCCAAGGCAUCGUGAACUUGAACCCCGUCCGGUGGCCAGCGGUCGUGUUGCUAUUCCCGUUACUUCUGCCUACCCGCCAGACCCUGGCUAUCCUGCGCAGUAUACCAUUUCUUCAGGCCAAGCAAUAUAUCCUCCAGGCCAGUCCAAUUAUCAUGGAUCUGAUAGGGAGCCUAGGACUUUUCCCGGUGGAAACGCGACACCGCCAUCAAUCAGCCGAGCCGCGCAGGUGGCUGGAGGCUAUGGACAGCCACCCUAUCCUACCCGGACAGGACCACCCGUCUCCUCAUCAAUACUAUCUGGUUCCUAUGACCCAAGGAGAGACGUGA